AUGUCUGAUACCGGCACACCAGAUAUUAUUGCUAUUAAAGGUGGAUCACCUUCAUCUGGUGGCAGUGGUGGAAGUGGGAUUUCCACUAGGCCGACCUUGAGGGAACGGGAUCCAAAUGAUAUAGAGAACAAACUAAAGGACCAGAUUGAAGAGCAGCCUACACAGAUCUCGUUAUAUUUGGAAUUGAUUAGAUAUUACAUCUCACAGCAGCAGUUAGCGGAAGUACGUAAUGUGUUCGCUCAGUUGCAUGAAACAUUUCCUUUAGAGUCAUUUCUAUGGACGAUACAUCUGAAUUGGGAACUCGAGCAGGAGGAAUAUAGUCAAAUUGAAACGCUACUAGCAAAGUGUUUAUCUGGAGAUUUGGCCAGUAGUGAUAUAUUUUUAUGGUCUACUUAUUUAGCUUAUAUUCGAAGGAAGAACAAUUUGAUAACCGGAGGUGAGGAAGCUCGAGCAACGAUCUCGAAAGCAUUUGAUGUUGUAAUGGACAAAUGUGCGGCCUUUGAACCGCGCUCUACACAAUUCUGGCAGGAGUAUUUGCAAUUCCUGGAGCACUGGAAACCAGUCAGCAAGUGGGAGGAGCAGAUGCGCACGGAGCUCAUUAGAAAGCUGUACAAAAGGUUGCUCACCCUCCCUGUGGAGUCUUUAGAGAAAUACUGGGAAAGAUAUACGCAAUGGGAACAGGAGAUGAAUCCUCUUACUGCAAGGAAGCAUAUUGGGGAGUUAUCUGCAAACUAUAUGAACGCGAGGUCCCUCUAUCAGGAAUGGUCUCAUAUUACAAGAGGGCUUAGGAGAUCUCUUCCGACUACUUUGAAUCAAGCUACGCUACAGAAUCUUCCACUUCCCAAUGAGUAUGACACUGAUCAAUUAGGGAUCUGGAUGAAGUGGAUAGAAUGGGAGUCUCAAAACAAACUAGAUCUUCCAGAGGAUGCGCUAAAACUUAGACAGGAAUAUGUUUACCGACAGGCUAUACAGCACCUUUGCUUUUCCCCAGAAAUGUGGUAUACCUAUACUAUGUUUGUCGAUGAGAAGCACAGGGGCAAAAUAUUAGAAGUUGCGACUAGGAGCAAUCCAGCUUCUAUUACGUUAGCCCUCAAGUUUGCAGAGCAUUUGGAACUGAACAAUAAGUUGACUGAAAUGGAAGAAUGUUUCCAAAGAUGCAUUGAUAGAAUAUCACUUGAUUUACAAAUAUUGACUGAUACUAGUGUGGAUCCUGUCUCGACCCACCAGUUAAUGAGAAAGUUGACAUUUGUGUACUGCACCUACAUGAACACGAUGAAAAGAGUAUCUGGCUUAUCUUCUGCUAGAAAGGUCUUCAGUAGGUGCCGUAAGUUGAAGAAGAGCCUGACGCAUGAAAUAUACAUUGAAAAUGCCUAUUUGGAAUACUAUAACGGUAACGACUACAAGACACCCUGUAAGGUCCUAGAAUUGGGUCUUAAAUACUUCAGAGAUAAUGGGGAAUAUAUCAACAGAUGCCUGGAUUUUUUAAUUCUGGUGAGACAGGAUGCUCAAAUUAAGUCUUUGUUUGAAACAUGUGUUGAUAAAAUAUACGACCUUGAUCAAUUGAAAGAUAUAUACCAAAAAGUUAUUAACUAUGAAUCAAAGUUUGGCAAUCUGGAAAAUGUUUACGAAAUUGAAGAGAGAUUCUUUGAAAAGUUUCCCCACAUUGAAAAGAUCGAUGUCUUUACAGAAAGAUACCAGAUCCAAGGGUGCAAUAUUAUUAAGGAAUUUGAACUGCCAUAUAGAUUGUACAACUGCGAUGAUAUGGUACAAUUUGGCGGCCACAUGCUUAAAAGAUCACUAGAGAGUGCCGAUCUAUCCAACGACCAAGUGCAUAAUAAUAAAAGGCAUAAAAACCAACAGGACGCUUCAGUUCCGCCAGAGAUUAUCGACUUGUUGAAAUGUCUACCUAAACGGCAAUACUUUAAAACUGUCGUAUUGGACCCACACAAGUUGGCUGAAUUCUUGAGUGACAAGGUAACUAUCCCAACCAGUGAAUAG